CAACUGCAUCGUCUUCCGAGUCACCACGCCACACUCUCGCAACAACCAGCCGCAUCCACGACUACUCCCGCCUGCAGCAAAUCCGGCGAGCGCUAGACUGUGCAAAGAUUCACUGCACGGUCACAACCUUCCUACCUUCUCCAUCUCUUCUCUCAGCUAUAUGACCCAAGAGCCUAUCAAGACUCCAAAGCAGCUCCUGAGCAACAGCAAUCUCGAUUCUCUCCACCUCUCCCAGCAUGGCUCUCUUCCCCGCGAUGCGAGUGGCCUCCGUCGAGACCUCUCAGGCGGCCUCAGCCACUCUCGCCUCGGCCCGGAUGACCAGCGUCAACCCCUCCCAGACGAGAGUGGCGCCGGCGUGAAUGCCGACCAGCUGGACAAGAAGCUGCAACGAUUGACUCUUGGCGAGGCUCUACAUGACCGCCCUUCUGUACCCGGACAGCGAAUCUCCGAAUAUGAGAAAGCUCUGGCCUCCCAGACUGCGAAACAAGACGUUGGAUUCCAGGUGGUAAAGCGCUCAGAGCCCCGCUCUGAUGGGAUACGCCUCGACAACUUCCCUAACGAGAUUCUAACGCACAUAUUUUCGCAUUUGCCGCCCGAUUGUCACUCCUCGGUGGCGCUCGUAUCGAAACGAUUCUGGGCACUGGUUACCACACAUCAUGCUUGGCGCAUGGCGUUUAUGCGCUACUUUCCAGGGCAUACCAUCCUGGACAACCAUGCCAAAGCCGAUGCGACAAAUUCUGGGACUGCAACUGCACCAUCCUCUGAUAUUUUGCGUUUCGAGACCCGAUACUUCCCUCGGCUUACAUCGCUGGCUACCUGGAGAAGCGAGUAUCUUUUGAGAACUCGUCAUCUAAGAAGCUUGGCUCGUGGAAAGCCAGGGACUCCCGCAGGAGGGACCUUGUCUGGCCGAGUUGGUCGCGCUGGGAAAAAGAACAGCGCGGUUUUAACAUACAAUUCGAAGCUGCCUUGGCAAGUGACCAACAUCCACGCCGUCUUCUUAAACGGGAAGAAGCCACCGCGUGUCGUUCAAGGAGCCGGGGAUCUCGGCGCAGCGUCUGUUAGCGACCCUACGACGGGCAAGAUUGAAAAAUGGGGCCUUGAAGAUCUAUUCUCGAUGCCACAGUUGGACGAAGUCGCUCCAAAUUUGUUGCCUUAUGGUCUGGGAGACGGACCAGCAGGUGUCCCCAACACCAUGGAUGUGAGCUAUACUUAUGGCGUGGUAGCUGGAGAGGGAUUCCCAGGUGGCCGGCCGUUCUUCCGAGGAAUCAAUGUACCGCGCGGGCGCUACAUUGGUGCAGAGAUUAGUGCCGUAGACGCACAUCCGGACAUACCCAAGAUCCCCGAAAUGUCCGAUGCAAUCUGUAGCGUAUGGAUUGCCAAAUCGUCCGCUGUGACAUCGACAACGCAGUCAAUGUGUGGUAUCCUCACGGGCUCCGCGCUUGGCGUGGUCACUGCUUACUCGCUUGGCUGGGAUACUACAGGUCCAAGAUAUGCCAAUGGUGAUGUCACAGCACGGUGGAUCAUUAGUCCAGGGGUUCCCAUCAUCUCCCUGAAGGUUGACGACAGCUUCAACCAAAAGCGCAAGUCUACUUCUAGAGUCUGGGCGGUAGCCCUGAAUGCACUGGGUGAAGUGUAUUAUCUCUGCGAUGUCCCUGUUGGAAAACCCGUUCGUGCCAGUGGAGAAGAUAUGACGAGGAAUGCCUGGUAUACUGGUCGUACAGUAUACUGGCACCUUCUGGAUGCAACCCGCAGAGUUGCUCGGGAAGAUGAGUUGGACAAGAAUGCAACCCGUGGAGCAUAUUCGCCUCGGUCACCCUCAAAUGGUAUGCACCUCAGCAAAGAGCAGCUAGUGGCAGAGGCCCGGGAAAUCGAAAAAUUCAUGAGAUACAGGCCCUCCCACUUCCGCAAAGUUUGUGACGGCUGGGACAUGCAGCGAAAGCUUGAAGUGGAUUUUGCAAGCGACGAUGGCAAGGGUGCCGGAGAGAAUAUCUUUGUGAUUGACUGUGGUACGGCUGAAAACCGCCAUGCUAGUAUCCAACGCUAUUCGCGGUCCUUGAUACCCGCACAAAAACCUCCUAGCGAAUCUACGACGCCUGUGGCACCAAUUUCUACGUCGCUUUUCGGUAGCAUUGGUGGGUUUGACCAUCGGAUCUCUCCAGUUUCCGAGUCUCAAACACCGUUGUCUCCGCCCCCAACUCCAAAGUCACCGCCAGUGCCCUCGACUGUUAUCCACGACUGGUCAGAGCAGGCUUUGGAACUCAAGGGCUACAGCCACGAUAUUAUAACGUCAGUCGCUUUAGACAACUCUCUUCCAUCGCUUUUCACUCUCGGGGAAGAUCCCUUGCAUACUGCAAAUGAAGCUUCAUCUACGACGAGUCCUUGGGCUGAUCACGGUUCAAGAGAGAUUCCGGGACGCAGAACUCGUUUCAUCGUUAUUGGGACCAACAGCGGCGCUGUUCUUGUCUGGAAUGCCCGAGAUGAUGACAAGACACGCGGAAUCCAGCCACUAAGAAUCCUCCAAACCGAGUCGCCAGAGGUGUCCGCCGUUGCGGCUUCUGGACUGUACUUGGUCCAUGGCGGCAGCGAUGGCCUUGUCCAAGCCUGGGAUCCCUUAGCAUCUAUAGUGGAACCUAUAAGAACAAUCAACGCUAGGUCAAAUAGCCGAGUUCCUCGCCAAAUGCUAGUCAUGAACCCAGCGCUGCGGGAGAAUACAUACUCUGCUGUGGGAGCGAUAUUCCUCGAUCCUGAUCCUACAACUCUUCAGGGUGUGGUCUCUUUUGGAGCUUUCUUGAGAUAUUGGUCAUAUGGAUCACAAGGCCACGCUGCAGGACGCAAGCGUCGCGUUCGACAUGCUGAUAUGGAUAAUCGUUUAGCUAGCCGCCGCCAAGGUGCUGCGGUGACGGACUAUAUCGCAUCUGAGGAGGCUGAAAUGCAUCGAGAAGAUGAGCAGCAGGCUCGCGAAUAUAGCCGUCGUCUCAAGAGAUUUGGCGCCCUAGGCGACUUGACCGAAGAAGAAGCAAUCCUUUAUGCGCAAAUGGUUUCUGAAGAAGCUUAUCACGCUGAAGAGCAGCGGCGAGCCAGUGAUUCAGCAGCUGAUGCCAGUCUCGACACUGCUUCCUCCUUCAGCGAGAAUACCGUAGAGACUGUAACGCCAGACCCCAGCAUUGUCGAGCCGUCAGCUUCAGAAGCCAACGGCGUGGCUGAGAGCGAGUAUGAGCAGCAAAUCCAGCAAGCCAUCCGAUUAUCUCUCAUGGAAAGCGUCGGCAAUGAAGGCGGACAGUCCCCUAUAGAGACGUCGCGAGGGAACAGCUCUGGCGACUUCGAUCUCCCCGUCAACGUCAAAUACAAGCCUGAGAGCAGUAAGAAGGGGAAGCAAUCAGAAUCUGGCUCGCCAUCGUCGAGCCACACGCCCGUUGGCGGACCUUUGUGGCAAACAACAUCUGAAGAUGAAGAUUUAGCUAUAGCUUUAAGUUUAAGCAUGCAAGAUCAAGGAGGUUACUCGCCGCCGCCAUCGUCAGAUCCAGACGUGGGGCUCGGUGCCCAGCAUGAGGAGUUCCCAUCCUUGCCUGGCGAUGGAUUUGGGAAAGGGAAGGGCAAAACUGUCCAGAGGUGGUGAUGAAAGGAGGGGAGAGAGCAGUCUCGAGGUGGAAAUUGGUUGAAGACAUUUUUUACAUUCUAGGACAUGGACAAGUGCGGAUGUGCCUGCCAUGCUUCAUCUUUUGAACAAUAUUCAAGUUAGACAUUUGAAACUCUACAUUAUUUCUUGCGCGCGAGUUUCGACAAAUACAGUUUUGUUUACCAG